UCAUCUUCUUUCCUCCUUGCCAUCUAUCUUAACACCGCCUGCCAUUCCCGUCGUCCGCAGACGUUACCUUUUCGUCGAACCUGCCUCUCACUCAUUUCGAGGCUUCUUACCGGGUAUCCAUCGUUUGUAAUAAACGCGCUUCCGCUUCGCGUCACCACCCAAGUGCCCUUUCUGCACGACACGGAAUUCCCGGACGCUCGUGCUCCUUUCGCCAGACUCAUUUACGACACAUCCACGACAUCAUGAAGUCUGCCAUUGCAUUUGUCGCGGCUUCGGCUGCGAUGGCUAACGCUGUUGUAUUGGAGGCCAGAGCCUCCUCUGGGAGCGUGCCUCCAGUUACCGUGAAGGGCAAUGCAUUCUUCGCCGGCGACAAGCGAUUCUACAUCCGUGGUAUCGACUACCAGCCCGGUGGAUCCUCAAAGGCAGUGGACCCAAUUGCAGACUCUGCAACUUGCCAGAGAGACAUCGCAGAGUUCAAGAAGUUGGGAAUCAACACAGUCCGCGUGUAUACCGUGGACAACACUGCAAAUCACGACACAUGCAUGUCUGCGUUGGCAGAUGCUGGCAUCUACCUCGCAUUGGACGUCAACUCUCCGAAGUACUCCCUCAACAGAGCCAACCCAGCUCCGUCAUACAACGACGUCUACCUCCAAAGCUUGUUCGCAACGAUCGAUGCUUUCGCAAAAUACGACAACACUCUUCUAUUCUUCUCUGGAAAUGAAGUCAUCAACUCUGAUAACACGACUGCCUGUGCACCAUAUAUCAAGGCCGUCACCCGUGACAUGAAGCAAUACAUUGGCAGCAUGGGCUACCGUGCUAUUCCAGUCGGAUACUCCGCAGCUGAUGUUGAGAGCAACCGAUUCGAGAUGGCUUCAUACAUGAAUUGCGGUACCAAUGACCAGCGCUCUGACUUCUUUGCAUUCAACGACUACUCAUGGUGCGACCCAUCUUCGUACCAGCAAUCCGGGUGGGACCAAAAGGUCAAGCAAUAUGCUGACUACAGCAUUCCUCUCUUCCUUUCUGAGUACGGUUGCAUCACCAACAAGCGUCAGUUCCAGGAAGUCGCAUCCCUCUAUGGCCAACAAAUGACCCCUGUGUACUCUGGUGGUCUCGUCUACGAGUACUCCGAGGAAGGCAACGGUUACGGUCUUGUCAAGAUUUCCGGAUCCUCUGUCUCGGAGACCGAGGACUUCUCUGCUCUCCAGUCCGCUCUUAAGAAGACCCCUGCACCAAGCGGCGACGGUGGCUACAAGCAGAAUGGACAAGCUAGCAAGUGCCCAACCAAGAGCAGCACUUGGGAGGUCGAGGACUUCUCCGGCGAGCAGCUUCCAGCCAUCCCAGAAGGCGCUGUUAAGUACAUGAAGUCUGGAGCUGGUAAGGGUCCAGGUCUUACUGGAGCUGGUUCCCAGAAUGCCGGCGGUGCUUCAACUUCAACCGCUACACCAGGCAGCGGCUCCGUUACCGCUGUUGCUACGAGCCACGCAACUGCCUCUAAAGGUGCUGCCAACGCUGUUACUAUGGGGCCAAUUGGAUUCGCUCCAUUCAUCUGCACUGGAUUUGUGCUGUUCUUCACUCUCGCAGGCGCGGCUCUCAUCUAGUAGAUGAAUGUGAAGCACCACAUCUGCUUUUGUGUAGACAUAAUUGGCACAUGGAAUGGUUGGCCUGGGCUCUCAGCAGGCAUGGCCUGCCACGAAUACAUAUGGCGCGGAGAGCUAUCAUCUUUUGGACGGCUUCAGUUAUUGAGUAUCAGAGUGUUGGAUCUACAAUAUUUCGAAACGCAUUGAUCAAAACGGGUCCCGUUCCAUUUCUUUCCUUCACCGCUUUCUCGUGACCGACCUGGCUUUCAUACAGCCAACGGUUUUGCCUCGUCAGGCAGGCACAGGACUGAACCUCACUUCAGUAGCUCAUGUUCGAAAGCUGCCUUCACUUCAGUUCGCGCAUAUUGAAAUUCUUCGCUAUUCGC